AUGCAGGGCUUCAACAUGGGACGCUACGUCCCCCCGGACCAAGAGGGCCUCACGACCGGCAACAAGCUAGCGGGGAAGCACCCGCUAGGUGCGCGCGCACGCCACCUCCGCACAAGCGGCGCGCUGAUUGUGCGAUUCGAGAUGCCCUUCGCGGUGUGGUGUACGACGUGCAAGCCGCACGAGACGCUCAUCGGGCAGGGAGUGCGCUUCAACGCCGAGAAGCGGAAGGUGGGAACCUACUACUCGACGCCGGUGUAUAGCUUUCGGAUGAAGCAUGGGGCGUGCGGGGGGUGGAUUGAGAUUCGGACGGAUCCGGCGAAUACGGCGUAUGUUGUUGUUGAGGGGGGGAGGAAGCGGGAUACCGGGGAUGCAGUUGUUGGUGGGGUUGGGGAGAUUGCGGUGGGGGAGGAUAGGAAGGCGAAGGAGGAUGCGUUUGCGAGGCUGGAGGGGAAGGUGGAGGAUAAGCGGCGGGCGGAGACGGAGAGGUCGCGGAUUGAGGAUCUGCAGAGGCGACAGAACAAAGACUGGGACGAUCCGUAUGAGAUGUCGAGGCGGCUGCGGAGGACGUUCCGGGUGGAACGGAAGGCGCGAGAGGGGGUCGAGGCGAAGGCCGAGGCGCUGAGGGAUAAGAUGAGCUUGGGGAUUGAGCUUGUGGAGGAGACGGAGGAGGAUAGCGUGCGGGCGGGCAUGGUGGAUUUUGGGCGGGGGGAUGAUACAACCCUAAUCACACGUCGCCGGCCGUUGUUCGACUCGCGGAACGGGAAACGACCUAAGGCUGCGGAUACGCUGGCUGAGCGCAAGGCGCUGUUUCGCAGUGAGUUGACGGGGAAUACCCGGGCAGCGGUCGAUCCGUUUCUCAACCAGGAUGGGAGUGCAUGGCGGCCCGAGGUCAAGAGGAGAAAGACGGCAUCGACCAAGGGCGUGGAUAUCGCUGAUGAUGGACCAGCCGCAGUUAAAGCCCCUGUCGAGCCUGAUAKACCGGUUGCAACGCCCGCGUUGGUCAACUAUGCGUCUGACAGUGACUGA